CUGACUGGGAGGAGGAGGUGGGAUCCAGCUACUGGUGGUCGUGGGCUAAUACACGUUUACGAGCGAACCGUGUGGGAUCAGCCAGCAAGAAAAAAACGACAUCCAUUUGCAUUUUGGCUGCUUUUUGGGGGGAAUCACGACGAGAAAGCCCAUUACGGGACACCCCCUCCCUUUUCUCCCUCUUCUCGCCCUGCAGCAGAGGGGUUGGUCACCUUCAUAUCAGGCGGGUUUUGUUGUUGCCCACACAGUUUUCGCUUUCAGUUUGGGUCGACUUGUGUGGGGUUUUUUCCCCCCUUGCACCCCCGAGUGUGUGAAGAGAUACAUCACAGAAGAAAGCAGCUACUAUAACAGGGGCUGAAGGGAAUCGCUGAAUAUCCAUGAGCUCCGAUUUCCCGCACUACAGUUUCAGGAUGCCAAAUAUAGGGUUUCAGAACCUCCCCCUUAAUAUCUACAUUGUGGUGUUUGGGACAGCCAUCUUUGUCUUCAUCCUCAGCCUCCUCUUCUGCUGCUACUUAAUAAGGUUACGGCACCAGGCGCACAAAGAGCUAUAUGCAUACAAACAGGUUAUUCAGAAGGAAAAAGUCAAAGAACUAAACUUACAUGAGAUAUGCGCAGUGUGCUUGGAAGAGUUCAAACAGAAAGACGAGCUGGGGAUUUGUCCAUGCAAACAUGCCUUUCAUAGGAAGUGCCUCAUUAAGUGGUUGGAGGUGAGGAAAGUGUGCCCGCUGUGCAACAUGCCCGUCUUGCAGCUCGCUCAGCAGGCAGGCGGCAGCACAGACGCCCCUGCGCCAAUACAGCAGCCUCUGCCCGGCAUCGAGAAUAUGGUGUAGCAGACUCCAGGCCUCUCUUACAGUACACUACAGACACACACACACACACACACACAUCCCAACACUUGUACUCUCACCUGUACAGGUACACUUUGGUAUGAGUCUGUGGACACACCGGAGAAACUGGAGCUGCUGCGCACCUGUGAAUCUGCAGCCAUCGUCACCUCUGUUACCUUUGCAUUGGUUCACAAAAGGAUUUUCUGAUAUCAGCUCUGACUGAUAAUCAGCCGUUUUCAUGUUUUUCUUUUCACGGACGAUGAAGAAGAGUUGAUCUAGAAGAAGUUUCCUUCUCGGCUGAGAUGUGGUUGAUAACUUUUUCACAACCAAAGCACUUUUCUGGGGACACCAGCUAAAGACCAGGAGGAAAAAAACAAAACAAAACGCAAAAGCCAAGAACUACAAUACACUAAAAUAUAUAUUUUUUCUUUAACAAGCACUUUACGAGAAGUCAAACCCUAAUUGCUUGUGAUCGUAGUAGCAAGGUAUGUUUUAUAUUUUAUCAUAACUAUUAUUUUAAUGUACAGUACAAAACCACAUGGGUUUUCAUUUUUAAUUAGUAAACAUUGAUUACUAAACAAACAAAAUAAUCUCAAAGGGACAACAAAUACCUAUGUUAGCUAUCAGGAAAUUUGGACAAUGCUUUUUUUUUAAAAUUGCACACACACAUAAGAAAUUAAGCUCUAAGCAACCUCGAGACUUGAUGUCUGACUAAAUGUGAAAGGUUUGAAUGUGUGGAAACCCAGAAUUUUACACACAGACACUAACACGCUUCAUAUGAAGCCUACAGAUUUCUUCCCUUAUCAUCUGUUUGUUGUUCUUAUAAUGUGACUGUUGUUUUUAUCUUUUUUUAAUUUUUAUUCUGUCAAUACAGAAAAAUGAUACAGUGAACAAAGUAUAUUUUGACUAAAGGAAUUUACCGGGUAACAUCCUCCACAUACAAGUGCUGUUAGGAAAGCACAGGCUAAAAAACUGUCACCCCAUUUUAAUUUCAUUAGAAAAAUAUCUCCAACAAAGAAGUAGUUCAGAGUUAAUAUUUCAAUUACUAUUAUUAUUUAAGCCAGUAUUAGUGUGUCACAUCUGGUGCUUUAUCUAUAAAACUCUUUAACAGAACAAACACCAGUAAUGAGGCAAUAUUCAACAAAGAUCUACAGACUUUAAUGUUCCAGUUUUAUUUUGCUCCAUUGCUUCCUGAAGCUGAGCUGUGUGAAUGUUAACAGUGCUUUACUUCAGAUUAAGGCUGAAUUGUUCUGUCUAAUUGAGACACUUUACAAAACUGUUAUGUUAAUCCACUUUAAUCUAGCAUCAUACAGUAUAUCUUGCUAGGAAAUGAUUGAUAAUUCAGUGUAGGAAAAAGACCAGAAUGAAUCCAGCUUUUUGCCGUCUUUGCUGUUAAGCUUCUACUUAAAAUGUGCUGCAUUCACAGUUGCAGUUACCUUUGUUUGCUUCAACCCUGAUAGAUUGUUUUAAUUUAUUUUUUAAUUUAUUGUAAUUUAUGGGUACAGAUACACAGAGUGAACGAGCUAGCAGAUCGUCACCUGCAUCAGAAUCGCUGUCCUCAGCAUAUCAUAUUAGUCAAGAUACACACUAGUGAGGGGCACCCAUACCUAUCAUGCCCUCCCACCCCCACCCCAGCACACACACACACACACAUACACACACACAUACAGCUGGGCUGCCAGAGAGUCAGUGGUCAGCAUGUUGUAAUGGAGCAGCAUUUCCAUUCACACACACACACACACGCUCACACACACACACACACGCACACACACACACACACACACACACACACACACACACACACACACACAGGGUAAUUCAGCUUUUUGGGAGCAGUAUUCUGGUGCUUUCGCCUCUCUCCCUCUUUCUGUACGGUACACGGUGCUUUUUGUUUUGCACCAUACAUACAGUAACUCUGCUUUUGUGCAUAUUUUUUGUCCUCAUCUCUUGUUAGCUGGUAAAUGUGCUGAUGAGUUUAGCAAGGAGGGGCUAAAAAAAGAAAGCUUUGUUACACAGUGAUGGAUAAGUGAGAGAUUGUCUUUUACCUGUGAUAUAUAUUGUCAAAAAACAAUCAUACUUUUUUUUAAAGGCACAAUCUGUGAUCCAAAUUUAAACAAAAGGAUACCACUACAAUAAAUAAACCUGUUAUCUGGACCAACACAAUCAAUUAAUUACACUACUCUACACCAGUGGCUCUCAAACUUUGGAUGAGAAAGACACCAAAUGUUGAUUUUCCCUUUAUAACAUAAAGUUUUUACAUUUGUUUAUGAGCAUUACUGAUUGUGCCUUUAACAACACUACGUUCUUAGUCAUUUUAAUAGGGCUACAACUAACGAUUAUUUUCUUGACUAAUUGAUAAGUUGUUUAGUCUGUUAAGUUUCCCAGAGCCCAAAAGGACAUCAUCAAAUGUCUUGUUUUUCCUGACCAAGAUUCCACAGCCCAAAUAUAUUUUGUAUUAAUGUGAUAAAAAAAGAAAUUCACAUUUGAGAGGCUGGCAUCAAAGAAUUUAUUCUGAUAUUUUCUAAAUUACUUAAAGUGAUCAUUUUCUUUACCAAAAUUGUUAGUGAUUAACUUUCCAUCAACUAAUCAAUGAAUCAACUAAUUGUUGCAGCUCUAGAUUUCAUUCUCUAACACAGGUUCCCAGCACACGGGUCAUUUAACAAGUGACAAUGAAUUAGACCUUUUAUGGCAGCAUUUCAUUGUCACUAACCUCUGUGGUGUGAUGUUUCAUCUCUGCUGAAUGUCUGCUCUCGCUCGCGGUGAUGACCUUUGUGGUGGGGGUCAGAGCAUGCAACAAGGUGAAAAUGUCAACUGUUGGAUGAGAGCAAAAGAAGGAUUUUCAUCCAGUUUGUAGUGUUUUUCAGUGGGUUGUUUCACACCCUGAUGAGGCCCAAUCAUCUUAGAAUUCAAAGAAUCUCUAAAUUACUGUCCACAUUAGCUGUAUUUGAACAAAAACUGACACAAGGACAAAACAGACCAGAGCUGUGUCAAUUGGUAAUAUCACAAUCUCUUCACUCUAUAGAUUAUGAUGUGUUGUGUGAUCAUAAAGGAGUAAAAGUCAUUAUAAUUGCCUGGCCUGAGAUUGUUGUUUCCUGUUGAACAAAAUAAGAAACAUAAGGGCCCUCUUCAUUAUGUUGUGUGAUGUAAAGUAUUUUGAUACCUUUUCGCUUCUUAGUCCCUGGUAAUUAAGAGGCUGUGACUGUUUUCAUUGACCUUGUAUCUCACUGAAAAUGUCACAGAGAUAGACCCAGCAUUCUUGGCCGUACAUUAUUCCCUAGAACUUCAUUAGUUCAGUUCAACGGUUAAUAUUUCUGCUGCCGUCCUCGAAAGACGACACAUUUGUAGCUCUUCGCUAAUAACACAAGUCUUAAACUUUGUUCUGGUUUUGUCUUUGAAUGUACGUUUCAUGAGAGAAAGAAUAUGAGGAGAUUUAAUGUGAACGCAUGCUACUUUGCAUAGUCGAGUUGCCACUGAUAUCACCAUUGUUAAAUGUAUGUAGACAAGUAGUAUCAGUAGUAGAGUAUUUAUACAUAAUGUAAGGUGCACAAACGUGCUCCUACAUCUAAACUAAAUGGCAGCUCAACACUUCCUGCCAUUUGGCCAUCUUAAGUGUUGUGUUUGAUUGUAAACACUUUUAGCCUUUCCACCCGAACUUCCCCGUUUCUUCCGGUGUGCCGUCCUAAUCCCACUUAAGACUAAGUGCCAACCUAAAAUGAACUGUUAUGAAUCAAAGUCCCUGCCAACAAGAAAGAAGGUUUUGUCAUUUGAAUAAAAAGUGAGACAGUCUAAACAGAUAAUAGCCAAACAAAGAAAGGAAUCUAAUCCAGUCAUGAAUAUAGUAAUAAACUGCUUCCCUCCAUUGAUAUCAGUGCUGCUUCUGAGUUUACACCAUUAUAAUUCCACAAGACAUGAUUGGGUGAAGUUCCACCAUCAGGAAAACAGCUUCAAGAUCAAAAAUGUAAACAUACUAGGAGUAGAAAGCGUCAGAAAGACGUCACAGUGUUUGAUGGAAAAUACAAAAAAUAAUAAUAAUAAAUUGGUACUCACAUCCUCAAUAGAUGAGGAGUUUCGUUUAAUUUCCAUGGUUGGUUUUAGCGACCAGACUAUUAAAUCUCUAUCACUGCCUCCCUGAAGUGAACUUUCUUCUUGUUUGUAUGGCGAGUUAUUUAUUCCUCUGUAGCUCUUGUAGUGCCCUUCCAACUCAUAAAUAACUUCCCUCCCCUCUUUCUGCCCAAACAACCCCUCCCAGCCUACCUGAGUAAACCUCCUACCCCACACACCCCCUUUUUGUUAACACUGAUUAUGUUUGUGGACUCUCACAGACAUUGUUUGUAAAACUAAGAAUUCUGCAGCAGAAUAUUUUUGAAGACAAUUGCUGUACAGUAUUUGUAAGCUCUAUUUUUGUAUAUUGCUAUUUUGGAGAAAAUAAUAUGCAUUUUUUUUUCUUUUUCUUGUUUUUGCUAAUUUCAUGUUUAUUCAUUUUAAGAAAAAAUGUUGCAUGUGACUGACUUGAACUGUAAAUAAAAUCUCCAAGUUUUGGGAA